GCAGCAUAGUGGCAGCAGCUGUGACUUGGCUCAGACAUCAGGCUGCCUCUCUCUGCUAUUCUGCCUCAACUUGCCUGAGAGUGAGCACAGUGCAUCUCGCUCUGCCUGGUCGUCAAGAAAAAGUUCAGCUUUGCCAUUUCUUUGGCUUAAGAGCAGAUGAAUCUCCAGUUUUGGACUGAGAAGACAAUGUAGCUUUGCUGUAAAAGAAGACUUUUUGAAGCAAACGGAAGAGUGAUUUUCUUGUGCAGGGAUGCCUAAACCCUCUGGGUGUCCACCCUAUCCUUUAGCCUGUUUCUUCUAUCCUUCUCUAUUUAGACUUAGCCCUCCGGAUCCCUUUGGCAUGCAAAGGUCAAGUCAGCAGGAUUUCUCUUCAAUCAGUUCUUUUCUGCUGUGUUAUGAUCCCCUUCGUCUGUGCCACAAUUGACCCAAAGGCUUCCCAGGCAAAACAAAGGGAUUAACUAUGAACUUUUCUCCCUUGGAGAGACACGGCUAAAUAGUGGACUAAGUGAUCUGUUCAAAGUCAAUUAAUAUUUUUAAAAUGGUAGAACGAAAGAAGAUCAUCAUGGAUGGACGCCUUUAAUACCCAGAAGACCAUGGAAGGGGAAAACCUGGUAAACUCCUCCAGCAAUAACACAACGGACAUCCAUCUGGUUACUCAUAGUCUUUGGGAGGUGAUCACCAUUGCAACUGUAUCUGGCAUUGUCAGCCUCAUCACCAUUGUGGGUAAUGUUCUUGUAAUGGUUUCCUUUAAAGUCAACAGUCAACUGAAGACAGUGAACAAUUACUACCUGCUGAGUCUGGCAGCUGCUGACCUCAUCAUUGGAGUUUUUUCCAUGAAUUUGUACACCUCCUACAUCCUGAUGGACUACUGGGCUUUAGGGAACCUGGCCUGUGAUCUGUGGUUAGCACUGGACUAUGUAGCCAGUAAUGCCUCGGUCAUGAACCUACUCGUGAUCAGUUUUGACAGAUAUUUCUCCAUCACUCGGCCUCUGACUUACAGGGCCAAAAGGACUCCCAGACGAGCUGGAAUUAUGAUAGGAUUAGCUUGGCUGGUAUCUCUUAUCCUAUGGGCUCCACCUAUACUUUGUUGGCAAUAUUUUGUAGGAAAAAGAACUGUUCCUGCAAGACAAUGCCAGAUUCAGUUUUUCUCUGAACCUGUUAUAACAUUCGGGACAGCAAUCGCUGCCUUUUAUGUUCCUGUGUCAAUUAUGACAAUUCUUUACUGUCGCAUCUAUAAGGAGACAGAGAAAAGGACAAAAGAUCUGGCAGAGCUGCAGGGAGUUAAUCAUCAAAUGGACUCUGGGGAGGCACAGCCUCAGAAGAUCAUCAUAAGAUCAUGUUUUAGCUGUAAACUGAGAUCAUCUUCACAUGAUCAAAACCAAGCCUCCUGGUCAUCUUCCAGCAGGAGCAAUGCCAAAUCCACUGGGUCCACCAGCGAUGAGUGGACCAAAGCCGGUCAGCUGACCACCUUCAACAGCUAUGCCUCCUCUGACGAUGAGGACAGGCCGGUGUCUCCAGUAGGGUGCAAGACCUCUCUCCGGAACCAGGCUUGUGAAGCAAGCAGAAGUGUUAUGGGCAGUGAGAGCGAGCAGCUUAGCAACUGUGAUGAUGAAAGCUUAUUCCAAACACAUACCAAAAGCAACUCCCAGAGGAGCAGCAAAUGCUUGUCCUACAAAUUUAAACCUGUGCCAAAAGAUCCUCACCUGGAGCACCAUAGCAAAAAUGGAAACACAAAGUUGGUUUCUUCCACAUUCUCCUCUGCCGAGUCUAUGAGCGCUCCUUCAACCUCCUCUGUGUCUAAGCCUACAGAUAUAUCUCUGAAAAGCCAGAUCACCAAGAGGAAAAGGAUGGUGCUGAUAAAGGAGAGGAAGGCAGCUCAGACUCUCAGUGCUAUCUUAUUGGCAUUCAUCCUUACGUGGCUUCCUUACAACAUCAUGGUGCUGAUUUCGACCUUCUGCUCAGACUGUAUCCCACGCUCCCUCUGGCACCUGGGCUACUGGCUGUGCUAUGUAAACAGUACAGUAAACCCCAUGUGCUACGCCCUGUGCAACAAGAACUUUCAAAAAACCUUCCGCAUGUUGCUGCUCUGCCAGUGGAAAAAGAAAAGGAUUGAGGAGAAACUGUACUGGCAUGGACAGAACCCUGUAGUUAGCUCCAAGCUGACAUAAGGGAUUCUUUUGUGCUGAUUCAGGGAUUGUACUGACAAUCUUGACUUCAUAAACUUGCAUUCGUCAUGUAAGGUGAAGUGCAUUUUAUAGUGUCAAUGAGUAUGUCUCUUGUAUUCAAAAAUUAUAGCUGCUAAUAUCCUCCAAAAGUACUAAUACAUAGUUCUUCUUCACAUUUUGUCAUUGACUUAAUACGUCUGCGUAUUCUCCACAUCUGUGUAUUCUGUACUUGGACAUUACUGUGUGACAAGCCAACACAGGGUAUUGCAUAAUGGUAAAGCCGAAAGAAAAUGUUUUACAGGAAAAUAUUAGUAAAUUGUGGCAUACAUUUUUUCUCCACCAUUUGCUGCGAUUAAGGCUGUGGCUAUUUUGGAAAAUGCUUUAAUUAGUGAUGCAAAUGUAGAAAUGGAAACAUAAGCCCAUCCAAUUUAACAUAGACAUUUUACUGAACAGAGAGAACCAAUGAAAGACAAAUGUUUAAUGGACUGAGAGAAAGGGAAAAUGAUUAGGGUUCUAUCUUUUAACAAAACUGCUCCCCCACUGAGGUUUUUAGACUCACCAGCAGGUUUUCUUCUGGCAUUUUCUAACUUUUACCUCAAUAAACUGCAAAAGCUUUGCAAAGCUUGCUUUUAUAAAGACAUUCCUCCCCCAAUGCUCCCUAGCAAACGUCUGAAACUUUUGGAGCAUUUGUAUUAUACUUGGAUGAAUUGGAUUUUAUAUUGGGAUAUUAAAGUAAAUCAGGAAGAAAACAAAUGCUUACCACACAGAAUAUGUAAAACGUUUAAAACCAUGAGUUGUAUUCCAUCCUUUUCACAAUUAUGCUCACUGUUCUAUCAGAUACAUUUCAGAGAACAAACCACAGUUCAAGGAUGUGAUCUGAAAAAAAUGUGAUACUUCAAAUAAGAUGCUGUAAAUAUGUUAGUGCUACUUAAAAUCACAUUUUCUUUAUCAUAAGAUUUAUAAUUAAGGUCUGAUGGACUUUUUGUAACAUAUUAGUUGUCAAACACUUGAUUUUGUCGCCCAGAAAUGCCCAAACUGUUUAAAUGAAUUUAUGUUUACAGUUACAGAUUUGAUUUUGAAGGGCUAUUUUAAAUGUUCUAAUCUUUAAGUAUUUUUACAUAUGAACUAAAUAACUUAAACAAAAAAAUAAUAGCUGACAGCUUUUUCCCUAUCCUUUGUAAGUGAAUUAAUUUUAGAUGUGGCUUCAUUGGUAUAAAAAAAAUUACCUUUUAUGCUGAGGAUGAAUUUUAAGACAAACUUAUAAAUCAAGCAACUUGGUAUUAUUGUCAAUGUUUACAUUAGGAGGUAGGCUUGGGAAUUCAAAUUUCAUUACUUUCAUCCUCAGGAUUUAGCCUAACUCUGGUAUCAAAAAAGGACCUUUUUUUUCCUAAAGAUUGUUCCUAAAUGCUGCUAAAUUAUUCUUUUAAUUUUUUUCUGACAAACAUAUUGUUGGGAUUUGUUUCACAGAGUUUUCUGCAGUAUAAGCUACAAUGUUACAGAGUUCUACAAUAAUUUGGGGGAUUAAAUACAUGCUUUGC